AUGCUGUCCAUGUACCCAGUUGACUUAAGCGGGGAAGAGGCGCGCUGUCUCUACCAGCAGCUCGACUCGGAUCGUGACGGCGCUCUUGGAGCAGAAGACCUCCUGAGGGGAGCUUCCACCGUAGCUUCAUUCUUCGCGAACCGGCAGCGCAUCAGCAAGGACAAGGCGGGUCGCCAAAGGGAGGGACAGAAAAGUACGCUAGCCAGGCUGGCCGAGAGGAAUGCUACUCUACAGAAUGACGAACCUAUGAGUACGCAAAUUCGAAGUCGCGGUGGUCGCUCUUCGGAAUGGAGGCGAAACAAUCAUGUUGAAUCAAGGUACCCAUUUGGAGGCUGAGGCACAACACUGACAACAUCUCUCCGGAAGGUAUCGACCCCACGAAGCUGCCCCAAGAGGAGUUGUCCUUGAUGGAUACACCGAAGCACCUGGCGCCACUUGAUUGUUGGUCCGUAAAUACACCAUCGUUUGGAACACUGGCGCGUAUCCUAGUAUAGUACUCCGACUGGGGUUGCGGGAUGGCCUCGUCUGCGGCCCAAGCAUGA